AUGCAUCUUGCGGCUGAGGGUGCGGGCCAGUCGGUCCACAGUGGUGCCAAUGUGGCCCAGCUCUUUGCUGGAGGCAAGGCCGUCAACGUUGCCGCUGAGAUCCCCAAAGUCUCUGCCUUUGAUAUCCAGAGGGACAAAGACUCCCACCAGCAAGGCGGCGCCACCCAGCAAGUCCAUCAGCACAAGUCCAUUUACAGUCUAUAUAAUGUUGUGGAUGAAUAUGAAGUCUCCUUCCCCUUUGAGGAGAACCAGGGCAGGUCUGCCUAUCUGAACCAGAGUGAGCAGAUUUUGGAAGAGUCGGCUUCUGAAAUGCCUCCGCACUACAGCCCGUUCAUGUUGAUCACCAACCUGCGCACCCACCUUUGUGUGUCCCUGGAGAAGAAUUCGUGGCUGCAGAAGCGCAUCGAGGACCUGGAGGAGGAACGCAACUUCCUGCGCUGCCAGCUGGAACGCUUUGUCUCCUCCAUGAGGACACCGGAGAGCAACCAUGUUUAUCCCGAAUCCCAACACACUAGUCUGAACUACACUACUCUGAAACCUCCACCAGAGAGAGCUCCAAGCCCUCCUCCUUCACCCAUGACCACCAGGUCUGGAAUGCUACGGAAACACGUCCAGAGCCAACCUCACACAUGUAGCAGCAGAGUACCUGUAAAACAGGAGGUGCGUGUGAUCGAAGAAGAUAAGUACUUUGAGGAAGACGGCUAUAUGGAGGAAGAGGAAGUAGAAGAGGACGACGAUUCAUCGGACGAGAAGAUGUCCAAGAAAAAGGGAUCCAGGAAUGGUGGGGAGCCGAGAAUGAAAAUGAGACGGGUUUUCCGGAUUACUCGGGGCAAGGAAAGACAAAGAGUGAAAGAUCCUGAUGGUGUGCUCCACCGGUACCAGAAGAUCCUCCUCACCUACCAGCGCCUGAGGAGCAUGUCCAAGGCCUUCCAGGUCCACCGGGUGGACCGCAACACUAUGGCCUCCACAUCCCCCAUCGCCGAGCUGCUGCUGGUAGCCCCAGAGAAGGUGGCCGAGGUGGGCGAGUUUGAGUCUUCCAAGGAGAAGCUCCUGGACUACGCCCGUCGCUGCUACAAGGCCCUGGACGAGCCCAUGCACGCCAAAGUGGCAGCCAUGAAGAAGAACCACCUGCUUCUGCCCAUCUCCUACAGGUUCAGAAACUAAUGGAGGGUCCUUUCCUCCUAUACGUUUAAACAUGGAGGGAAGGUAGACUGAAAAGUUAUUGACCUUCAUGGGGAGUCACAUACCAAAGGCUGUGAAGGCUUCGUUAAGAGCCAUUUGGCUCUAGAGUCAGUUUUUUUUUCUUCUUUUUUUCGUAUUAUUAUUAUUUUUUUUACCUCUUCUCUUGAAGUAUCUUAUUCAUUGUGUUUGAAACAUUUUCUGAAGGGCUAAUUACAGGAUUACUGCAUUGGGGGCACCGAGGGUAGUUUUUUGUUGUUGAGCGAGAGAUGUUUACACAUAUAUUUUUUUUUUUGAAGGAAAGAGAUGGUUGUCGUCUCACUGUAUUAACUAAAAGCCACACACGGGAUCAUUUUGUGAUGUCGCAACACACUGGAUCAUUUUGUGAUGUAGCAACACACUGGAUCAUUUUGUGACAUAGCCUAUUACAGCAGUUACACAGAAAAAAUAAUGUUUUCUCCAUCCUGCUGUUCAUGUUAAUUGGAUUAAGUUUUUAUAGUCUUUGAUUCAUGGCUCUUUCAUUGUCAGGUGGCACAGCAGAAUAAUGAUCUGCGGUGUGAGUUUCUGCAUGAUUCAUGAAUGGUAGAAGCACUGACAUACUGCAGACACUGUAUUCCUUCCUUUGAGAGCCCUGCUAGUUUUUGUAGAUGACUGCCAUUCAGGGAAAUAUGUUCUACAAGUUUGCGGAGUCCAAAUUAAUGGAAAAUGUGAAGAAUUUGAGCUUACAUCAAAUGCUGUUUUGAUGGUAAAGACCGUUAAUGGACAGGCACACCGUCCUGAGCCGUGGGUUUAAAGAAACUCCACCUGUACAUGUUUAUUUGUUUUGUUUGUUGAACCAUUUGCUAAUACCUGAUCCACGGCUACAAUAUUAUUUUGUUAAUUUAUGUAUUUGACAUUUUCUUUCCACAUUUCGAUUGUAUAUUGAGGUCAGUGAAAGCGGUGUAACCCAUCUGCUGUACAAUAAAAAAAACAUUGUUUGC